ACAAAAUGUGAAAUUGAAUUGGUUUUGAGAGCCAACAAUUUGGUGGUAAACAAUAAUCAAAGUUCUUCUGUCAUUCUAACUGAUGAAAUAAAAAGAGAAUUUGAUGACUUUUGGGAAAGGCACAAACUGUAUCCUCUUAAAGGAAGAAAUGAGAUACUUGCAUCAUUUUGUCCACAGAUAUUUGGUCUUUAUCUUGUGAAGUUGUCUGUAGCCCUCACAUUAAUAGGAGGAAUUCAGAGACUCAGUAAAAGUGGCACGAGAGUAAGAGGUGAAUCACAUUUGCUGCUGGUUGGAGAUCCAGGCACUGGGAAAUCACAGUUUCUUAAAUAUGCAACUAAACUGAUGCCUCGAUCUGUGCUUACAACUGGAAUUGGCACUACAAGUGCAGGAUUGACUGUUACUGCUGUUAAAGAUUCAGGGGAAUGGCAACUAGAGGCUGGGGCACUAGUUCUUGCUGACGGGGGUCUCUGCUGCAUUGAUGAAUUUAACUGCAUCAGGGAACAUGAUAAAGCCUCCAUUCAUGAAGCAAUGGAACAACAGACGAUAAGUGUAGCAAAAGCUGGACUUGUCUGCAAGCUUAAUACCAGAGCUACAAUUUUGGCAGCGACAAAUCCCAAAGGAAAUUAUGACAGUGAAGAACCUUUGAGUGUUAAUGUGGCAUUGGCAAGCCCUUUGCUCAGUCGAUUUGACAUUGUGUUGGUUUUACUGGACAACAGAAAUGAAGAUUGGGAUAAGUAGGAUUUUUCUUUUUAUACUUUAUUGUAUAAAGGCUAUUUAUUUUUCAAGAGUAUUUAUGUAAAUGAUAUCCUCAAGUGUUUGAUGGACAGUACUGACAUAAAUAUGUAUUUUGUAAGAAUGCAUGUUUCCUUUCAAGGGAAUAUUUUUUAAGUGAUAGAGCCUUAUUGUGUAAUUGACUUUUGCCUAGAUUCAAUAUGCACCUGGAGAACACUGUAAGACAACAUCUAUUUGUGUUGUCUAUUUCAAAACAGGGACAAUAUUCUCGUUAGAGAGGCACUAAACUAACACAUGUAUUAAAAGAUGUAACGAAGAGUUUUACAUGUUUUAAUUUAAAUUCCCUGCAACAAAUUUUACGUUUGACUGAGCGUUAGUACGGAAAACCUGGUGAUAGUUUCUCUGAUAAGCCCUGUAACGGGUGUUGAUGCUACUACCUAUAUUAUAUAAAAAAUAUUUCUGAAUUUUCUAGCAAACAAUGUAUUUGUUGGGCAUUGUGCCAGACAUCCGAUGAGCUUUUAAGGUUACGGUAAACGUUUUGAACACGAAAAUUGGUUUUUCCUUCCUAAAGGCCAAACGGCUCAAGGAAUCAGGAUAAACUAUAUAUCAUUCGAUGCACAAGAUUAUGGCGUAUCUAGCCAGAUAAAAAUUAUUGGCAAAUAAUGUUAAAUGUUAUUUUCCAUGCGAAUUUACUGGUCAAAAAGUGUACCACCUUCAAAAGCUAUUAUGUAUCCUUGCGUUUGAGGUAACAAAAUCUGACUUAGACCAGCAGGAAGUGCAGGACCUAAGCUACCAAAGUGUGUCUCAGAUUUUCUAAAUUCCUCCUCUUCUUGAAACUAUACCCUGUCAAAAAUUGGCAAAUAAUUUUUCCACCCUCCGGCAGCUGUAUUUGGGUAUAAAAGACGGACCAGAGAAAAUAAAAAAAUUUUGAGACACAUUUUGUUUGCCCAACGUCUGCCCUGGCCGUGUGCAAAUUUUCGAGCCAUUCGAUUGGUUCCUUGGGUACAUAAUAGCUUUUUCGUACCUUCAUGUAGAGGAAUUUCGAGUCCGGAGAAAACGGGAUUUUAGUGAUCGCACUUGCAAGAUACACUCGUAAGCCACAGUGUAAUCCGGGUCAAGUCACUUAAAGAUUUAAGAUCAAUAAGCCUGUUUAAAUAAACACGGGCGUACAUUGGAUAUAUGGAUGUGCCAUGCGAUAUUGUAAAUGAGACAUGCGACCACAACCGCAAAGCAACGAUAAUCGGCUUAACAGGUCAAGAAAUUUUCAGGCCUCAACUAAAAGUUUUGAUAAAGAAAUUAUGGAAACAUUCGUUUACAUGGGAUUUUUUCCACUUUCAAAAUUUCUGUUUGUUUCAAAUUUGGUAUCAUUGUGUGCCUUGAAAGUUCGGCUACUUGAAUGUGAAAAAAUCGAAAAAAUGAUGUUUUCAUCCAGAAAACGUUUACCGUAAC